ACCCCUGAGACGUGAGAAAGACGGAAGAGGACACAGAAUGUGGUUGGGCAAGAGAAAGAAGGCGGCUUAAUGGAUGCUUGGGACUCGUUGCUUUCUCGAGCUGGUCUUUGGCAUGAGUAGGAGGGCUCUAUGCAUUCUGUCUCUGUUUAAGGAAGCUCUCCGAUCCUUUGAGGCACAGACUCUGUCAUUUCAAUCUUCCUUGGACUUGUCCAAAAGAUUAAGGGAUAUUUGUGCCAUGCACUGAUUCCAUCACCACUGAAGGGUUUCGAUUGAGGGUUGCUUCGGGUUUAUCUGUCUCUUUCAUUCUCUCUCUCUCUCUCCAUCUCUUUGUGGUCAUGCAUUGAAAUCACCAGUUCGUAUAUCGAAGGCACACCUGUCUCUCGAAUUCACUCACUUCUUUGGAUCUAACCAGAAUUCUGCUGCUGGGAUUUUAAAACACCUUUGUCAUUUGUCCAGUAUGGAUAUUGGGAGUGCUGUUUACUUGCUUUCACACUGAAUCUGUAGCUGAAAGCUACCCAAAAGCCAAGGUGAAAUAGAUUCCGAAGAGGUUGAGAGUAAAGCUUUCUCACUAAUUGCUCAGCAGGAACGUUUUCUCCACAUCAUUAGAAGUUCCUGGACACAUUCUGAAGAGAGGAUGCUGCAGGAGGCCAGUGUUAGAGUGAGCCCAACCUGAUCACUCCACCCCCUCCCCCUGCUCAGUCCUCCACAAUCCCAGGAUGCUCUGUCCGUGCCGAGGGAAGCUGAAGUUGCUAGUGCUGUCUCUGAGUUUCAUCAUCCUGUUCACCUGGCUCUACCUGCUCAUGGGGAACUCAGAGAACGGGCGUUCCCUGCUCCUCUCCGCAUGCCUAGUGGAAUCUACAGAAGCUCGGCUGUUAGAACGGGACGUCCUGGCAUCGCGGGUUCGAGAGGUGGAGGAAGAGAACCGGCAGAUCCGCCUCCAGCUGAGUCAAUCACAGGGCCUGGCUGCCCAGCCUGCCGAGGGUAACUAUGGCAACCAGCAGUGGGUGGCAUCGGCAGACACCGGUCCAGAGGAUGUGGAGAACACAGCCGAGGACCGGGCCAACCACAGCGAGUGCGCUCGCUCGCCCACUGCGGAGAAGUGUGAGUUGAUUCAUGUGGCAUGUGUUUGUGCGGGUCACAACGCCAGUCGAGACGUGGUCACACUGGUCAAAUCCAUCCUUUUCCACAGGAGAAAUCCCCUGCACUUUCAUUUCAUCACUGACACAGUGGCCAAUCAGAUUCUCAGCACGCUGUUCCAGUCGUGGAUGGUGCCAUCAGUACAAGUCAGCUUCUAUGAUGCUGAUGAACUCAAAUCGGAGGUGUCAUGGAUACCAAACAAACACUAUUCAGGAAUUUAUGGCCUCAUGAAGCUCACCCUCACCAAAGCUCUGCCAUCCAACCUUACAAAGGUCAUCGUCCUCGAUACGGACAUCACAUUUGCCACUGACAUUGCCGAGCUAUGGGCAAUCUUUCGGAAGUUCACAGAGAAACAGGUGAUUGGAUUGGUGGAAAAUCAGAGUGAUUGGUACCUCGGUAAUCUGUGGAAGAACCACAAACCCUGGCCAGCUCUUGGACGCGGGUUUAACACAGGUGUGAUUUUACUAUACCUUGAGAAACUGCGCAAGAUUGGCUGGGAACAGAUGUGGAGACUGACAGCAGAGAAAGAGCUAAUGAGCAUGCUGUCAACAUCCCUGGCAGACCAGGAUAUAUUCAAUGCAUUCAUAAAGCAGAACCCAGUUCUGGUACAUCAGCUUCCCUGCUUCUGGAACGUACAGUUGUCGGAUCACACUCGCUCUGAACAGUGCUACACAGAGGUGUCUGAUUUAAAGGUCAUUCACUGGAACUCCCCCAAAAAGCUGCGAGUAAAAAACAAGCAUGUGGAAUUUUUCCGUAAUCUUUACUUGACGUUCCUGGAGUAUGAUGGGAAUCUUCUGCGGCGAGAACUCUUUGGCUGCCCCAGUCAGGCGAGCUCUGAGAGCACUGUGGUUCAGCAAGCACUUGAGGAGUUAGAUGAAGAUGAUCAGUGCUAUGAUUUUCGGAGGGAGCGAAUCAUGGUGCACAGAGUACACCUGUACUUCCUGCAGUAUGAAUACACACCUACUGAGGAUGGAACAGACAUUACACUUGUCGCACAGCUCUCCAUGGACAGACUGCAGAUGUUGGAGGCUAUCUGUAAACACUGGGAGGGCCCCAUUAGUUUGGCCCUGUACAUGUCUGAUGCUGAGGCCCAGCAGUUCCUUCGCUAUGCCCAGGCCUCUGAAGUCCUCAAGAAUCGCAAGAACGUGGGUUAUCAUAUUGUUUAUAAGGAAGGCCAAUUUUACCCUGUCAAUCUGGUGCGCAACGUGGCUCUCCACAAUGUCAACACACCCUACGUUUUUCUGACUGAUGUAGAUUUUCUGCCCAUGUACGGCCUCUACGAUUACCUUCGAAAAAGUAUUGUUCAGUUGGACAUGGCCAGUACCAAGAAGGCUCUGGUUGUGCCUGCCUUUGAGACUUUGAGAUACCGCCUUUCCUUUCCCAAGUCCAAGGCCGAGCUGCUGUCUAUGCUGGACAUGGGGACUCUUUACACCUUCAGGUAUCAUGUCUGGACUAAGGGUCACGCCCCAACCAAUUAUGCCAAAUGGAGGACAGCCACAACACCAUUCAAGGUGGAGUGGGAGGCAGAUUUUGAACCUUAUGUUGUUGUUCGGCGGGACUGUCCUGAGUAUGACCAGAGAUUUGUAGGCUUUGGCUGGAACAAAGUAUCCCAUAUCAUGGAGCUUGAUGCUCAGGAGUAUGAUCUCAUUGUGUUACCAAAUGCCUUCAUGAUCCACAUGCCCCAUGCACCAAGCUUUGACAUUUCAAAGUUUCGCUCCAGUCCCAGUUACCGUUAUUGCUUGACGACUUUAAAGGACGAGUUCCACCAAGAUCUUUCUCGAAAGUAUGGUUCUGCUGCUCUCAAGUACCUCACAGCACAGAGGAACAUCUGAAAUAUGUUACAAAUGAACAUAAUAAGCACACAAGAGAAUGGCUUGAUCCAGUUCUUUGAGGUUCAAAAGCCAACAUGCUGCUCUGCUACACGUAAGGUGUCUCGAGGUACGAACAAAGCUGCCCUGCUACUAACCCAUUACUCUGCUGAAUAUAGACUGCAAAAUUGGAGCUUUAAUUCUUGUUUUGAGACAAUUCAUACAGCAGAGACACAAACCAAUGACAUCAGCACCACACCCAUCUCAGACUGGAUUGAAACACCAACCUGGGUGGCGAAAACUUGACCAAACAUUUCAACUACAUAAAAAAAAUUACCCGUACAGAAUACGUUGUGGAACAUUUUGUGACAACUCGCUUUAUAUUCUAAAGAUAAUGGUCAUGUUCAAGACCUUUUUUUGACAAUCAGGGCUUUUUUCUUCACUUCACAAAGAUCUAUGGCUGGUGGUUCAUGGCGCUACAUAGCUUUGAACCAGGCUAUAACCAUUCAGUGGAGUAUUGACGGAGCAGAGAAGGACAAGAGGUGAAUGAGCUUUCCAAAGACUCUUCUGCUGGAUUGAAGUGUUUGGGAGGCCAACAAGACAAGAGGAACAUUUAAGCCUUAUAAUUUCCUUGAUAUUUAAAAUAUUUAAAGUAUUUUUCUUUGUUUAUAAAGAAGUUGAAAAUUAAUUAUGAACAACAACCUACAGCCUAUGUAUGAUUUACAAUAUGAAAAUCACUUUAUUUUUAAUUUAGAAACACUGAUGUGAAUUGUGGUAAAAGAGGUGAUUGAAUGCUUGAUAGGGGUGCAAAGAGAGUUAUUUUGUGUGGUUUUGUGGUCCUGAAUGUUAGAAAGAUGUUUUGCAUUCCAUUAGGAAUGACCAGUCUUCUGGAUAUGUGUAAAUGCUGCAUUUAUAAUGGUCACGUAAAGAAAUUCUGCUUAUGCUUAAACAUACAUAAAUAUCCAACAUCAUAGCGUUUAUGGUCCAUGACACUUUCUUGCCCUGAAUUCAUAUCUUGAACUUUAUUGGAUCACAUUUAUCACUUUUAAAGAGUUGCACUAGUUAUGUUUACUCAAAAAUAACAUUAUCAACAGAUAGUAUAUGAUUAUGUGUAUAUUUGCAUUGAGAUCAACACAAGGGACCAUAAAGAAAGGGGGUAUAUAUUUCAAAAGGACUGAAUAUUUGUUAUCAGUGAAAAAAUAAUCCACUGUUGUUUGGUUUUAUGGGCCUGGCAAACAAUAUACCGUUUUAUGUAAACAUUUGUGUCAUAUCUUGGUCAGCCCUUCUAGCCAAAAUUAUCAAAAGUUCAAUUGAGCAUCAGUUACUUGACAGGAUGUAUUUGUAAAAAACAUACCAGACAUUGGUGUCACAAUGUAUUUCCCAACAUGUCCAGUCUUUAUAUAGUAACACUCCUCCAGGUCAUAUUGAGUUCACCCUUAUACCAUUUUUGCCCUGCCACUCCAUCAGACUGUGCAGAUUUACGGUAAAUACCCGUGCCUUUGCUGUGUCGCAAAAACUGGAUAUUGAUUGUACUACUGUACGCAUCAGCGGGGCCUGCAAGAAUACAGGUACUCUAUUUAUUAUUGUUGACUUAAAUCAAUCAUAUUUUUCUAUGCAGGGGACAAAGUGCUUUAAAUAAAUUCUCCCUGUUUUUAUA